AAACAUGACAGCCUCCAGCCUGGAGGUGAUCUGCUCAGAGUCUGUGAGGCUUGUGGGUGGAUCGCGUGUUUGUUCUGGCAGUGUGGAGGUGAAGUCUGAUCAGGGUUGGGCCCCAGUGUGUGAGGAUGGCUUUGACUCUGAGGCUGAAAAGGUGGUCUGCAGGGAGUUUGGCUGUGGGCCUCCAGUGCUCAUUAGGUGGUCGUUUGUGAGAGAAGUAAAGCCGGUCUUAUCAAAAAAGUUCCAGUGUAAAGGCAACGAGUCUCGUCUCCAGGACUGUGCCAGCUCAACCCGCAACAACUGCAAACCAGCUUCUGGAAUUUCAUGCACCAAUCCUCAUGAUGUGAGACUGGUGGGGGGAGAAAGCCUCUGUGCAGGCACACUGGAAGGAAAGCAUGAUGGAGAAUGGAGGCCCCUGAGUGAUUUACGGUAUUUCUGGAAACCACAACACUCCGCUGAGGUUUGUGAGCAACUGGGCUGUGGAAGUGUAAUCUCAACAGUGGAGCAUCAUCUGCAAAAAAGUCAGCAUGUGUGGGAGCUGUCAAGUGACUGUCAUGACAGUCGAAUUGAUUCUUCAUUUUGUAAAUCCUGGCAUGCGAGUGGUUCAACCAUAUCAAUGACUGUGACUUGUGCAGAAACUGUGAGACUUGUGGGAGGCCCUAAAAGAUGCUCAGGCAGGCUGGAGGUGAAGUCUGGUCCAUCAUGGGCAUCAGUGUGUGAGUCAUCCUUCACCCCAGAAGAUGCACAAGUUACCUGUAGUGAGCUUGGCUGUGGGUUUCUACUUGAAUUCUAUUCGAGGGAUUACAGCAACCUUCUUCAAAAUACAGAACACACCCCGAGCCCGGUCUUUAAUUGUGGAGGCAAAGAGAAGCAUCUUCUGGACUGUUCCACAGACACACUCAAUGCCACAGAACAGGAAUGUGGAAUGUGGAGGACUUACAUGACCUGCAUAGAACGUCCAGUGAAGCCUUUUAUAACCAUAUACACCCCGCAGCAUGUUUUUGAUGAAGACCCUCAGCUUUUUAAGGGCCAACGUUUUGCCAUCUCUUGUUCCACUAGUACAGUUUUGAAAAUACUCUCCAUCCGCCUAAAAUUUAGAGUUGGCAGUGACCACCCUACUGAGUGGACCCAGCCAGCUGUUGAUGGUACCGCCAGGUUCUUCUUCCCUGCUGCAGAGGAUGCACACCGAGGGACCUACCAGUGCGAUUACAACUAUGAUUUCAAUUCAGACGUUUUCUCUGAACCGAAGACCCUCUAUCUCACUGUGAAAGAGCUCCAUGAUGUGAGGCUGGUGGAUGGAUUCAGCCGCUGUGCUGGCAGGCUGGAGGUGAAGCAUCAGAAAGAGUGGAGACCGGUGAGUUACCGGCACUCCUGGAGUCUGAAGGAAGCAGCUGUGGUGUGCAGUCAGCUCAGCUGCGGCUCGGCUGUUUCAACCAGCAAAGUCGACAACUCGACUGAAUUUCUGCCUGCAUGGCGCUUUUAUUCUGAUUGUGACGGCUCUGAGCAUGCACUGAUGGAUUGUGGGACGGUGAUGGAGUGGUCUUCCUCUUCUACUGUUGAAGUGGUCUGCGCAGACAUCCUGCUUCAGCCGAAUAUAACUUUUUACUCUGUGCUGCCUAAGUCUGAUGACCAGGAAGUGCAGCUCAUCAUCGGCUACAGCUUCACCAUCAAUUGCUCCACACAGCCACAAUACCCCGGAGGUCACUUCAGCCUUAUCUUCAACAGUCUCAACCAAACCCACAGCCAGACCCAGCCAGCUGUCAAUCACUCUGCCCUCUUUACGUUUACUGCAGCAGAGGAGUCUCAGGGGAACUACAGCUGUGUUUAUCACAACUUUAUUUUCAAUCAUAACUACUCCUCUCAGAGCCAGAGCCUCUCUAUCACUGUCACAGACUUUAUAGAUGUGAUGUUGGAUGAUGGAGUGAUCAGAGAGGACUACAGCAGUCCCUGUGCUGGAAAGCUGCUGGUGAACUACAAGGGUGAGCUGAGACUGCUGAGUGCAGAGUCCACAGUCUGGGACCUGAAGCAUGCUUCUAUGGUGUGUAGACAGUUGGGUUGUGGUGCUGCUGUUUCAACCAAAAGCGUCAAUCUCCUCAAUAAGGAAAUUAUGUGGCGUUUUUUCUCUGACUGUGAUGGAUCUGAGUCUGCGCUGAUGGAUUGUGGAGCUGCAAAACAAUGGCUUUCCUCCUCAUAUGUUGAGGUGGCCUGCACAGGCCAACAGGGGACACCAGGCAAGAAAUGAGGACGUGAAGCAGGAAUGUUGAAACCUGGAUGGUCUUCUUCUAAGACGUAGAAAGACUCCUACAAUCUACGUUAUAUUAGUGUUUAGUUAUUAGAAUAGAUUGUAUUGAUUAACUGCAGACAGUGGGAGGAAAAUGGGUGAGAAAUGGAUGAUUGUUACAAGCAGGAAGUGAGAUUAGGCUGUACUCUUCUUUUAUUCAGGACUAACUGUACUUGAACCUCCUACAAAGCAAUAACAGGAGUAACCGUGUUAUCCCUUUCUACCUUAAUGUGAAGCUUUUGUUUCAGUCACUAAGAUUUUUGGUUUAUUUUUCAUGAACUUUGUAUUGCAAUCUAUAAUACAUGUUGACUAUGUGUUUAGCAACAAGGUAUCACCAAUUUGUGGGUUCCUGUAUGCUAUCAUGUGAAUGUAAGUGAUGUAGUUUAUGUUCUUAAUAUUAUACUGUUAUUACAGGAUUGCUACAAAAUUAAAUAAGACAGUAAUCUGCUUCAGCUGAAUAUAAUUUUUUACUCUGU